AACAGAACAAAAGAAACAUUCAACACGUACGAGCUACCGAUUGRCAUUUCGUUCCUUUCGUUUUCUGCCACGCAACGAAUCACCGCCUCCCGCACAAGUGUCCCUGCACGGGUCGCACCCGUGCUCCCCUCUGACGAACGCCAAAAAACCGAUCCAACAASGGAAGGAAGCCAACAGAGAGCGCAAGAGAAAACGUUGCGCUGCACGACGACGACGACGACGAACCGGACGGACUCUGUUCCGUGCAGAGGCUACCGCCGUCCGGGUUGUCGCCAUCUCCCGCCGCAGGACUCGGCACCGUGGUCGGUCCUGGUCGGUACCAUGGUUUUCAGAACWKGGCAAGGUGCCUGCGAGCAGGAGAGUGAAUGGAAGCCAUCAAAGCKUCCGAAAUCGACGAAACUUUGUCGGUAUGCGCAUCUAGUCACCAGCCACCACUAUUUGUCGUCGAGAAUCCACUGCAAGAGAAAUUUUUAAUAUUAUCGAUUAAACACACUAUUUUUCGACGUCAAAUCCGUUUCGGCACGACGCAGACGCAUGAAUGCUAAAAAUUUUGACAGUUACUUAAAUUACUAAUUAUCAUCACUUCUGUACUUUUUUGGUUUGAUCGGUCUACCACAAARCAAUUGCUGAUUUCGUUCCGUCCAAAUCGACGCGGACAACAGCAAUGCUAGACUCAACCGAGACGACAAAUUGGCUYUUUGUUUUUCAUAGAAAUUGUAGCUCUUGGAAUCACGCUCCGUUCGUUCUGAAUUCGAUUUUUUGGUAUUAUUGGAAUAUAGAUUGCGCUUGCGAUGUAUGUUCUUUGUCUAAAGCUUACGGUGUAACGGGGGCACUCGAAGGGAAGCCGGUUUGCGUAGGCGACGCGGUAGGCGCAACGGUGGGACUUGUAGUAGGGACGGGGAGUGGAAUGUCGGAGUCGGUUUGAACUCCCGAAAAUCCGCAAUAGUUGUACGCGGGAAYCGUACGUUGGGUACCGCAGAUUGCCGUGGGGAAAUACACCACGCUASUAACGAGGGUGCCGCCGGACAAGAAGUUGAUCCUGGAACCCGCUCGGUUCUUAAUGCACCAGACGCUUUCUCCUCCUUUUUGGAUCACCUGGACCUUGCUAUUCUUUCCCGGCACACAGAAGGUCGCCACGCUCUCAACGUUGUUGUAGUCUACGUCGACAGUAGCAUUGGCAGAGUUGACCAUGGUAUUGAUUAUCACGGGUGUGGUGGGCUUGGCUGUAGGCGCAGGAGUUGGAUUCUUGGUCGGUGUUGCGGUCGGUUUUGCGGUCGGUGUUGCGGUUGGAUUCUUAGUGGGAUUCUUGGUGGGCCUCUUGGUGGGCCUCUUGGUAGGCCUCUUGGUGGGUCUUUUGGUGGGUCUCUUGGUGGGUCUCUUGGUGGGUCUCUUGGUAGGACGUUUCGUUGGCCUCUUCGUGGGACGCUUGGUGGGUCUCUUCGUGGGACGCUUCGUUGGACUUUUGGAUGGAGUGCUCUGGACRUCGGUUCCCAAAUUGCAAGGGAUGCUAACCAGCUCAUUGGUAUAGGUAACGUCGGUGGUAUUUUCGGUACACGCGCCCAUGCAGAGUUGUUUCACACCGGUGAUAUUUUGAGGACAAUCGCCAGUGUGAAUCGCAAUGUUGUAUCCGUUYUUCAUGAUGGUGGAMGUGGGGCCCUUGCACGAACAAUCGUUGGGACUCGAAAGUACUUGAGGAUGCGUCGCRUUCGAGAACAGUUCCGGGGCGGCGGGCGUACACUCAAACUCUCCAGCGUUUGAACGGAUGCUACUUCCGAUUAAAAACGAUUUUUCGGUAGUAUUAGAUCCAAGGACAAGGGUCAGUCCUAGGAUCUUGAAGGCAUUGGCGGAAACCGUUUGACAACCAAUGAAGCUGUUAUAGGACGUUUUAAAGGAGUCCUCGAGCUGCGUAAGAACGGUGAGGUUACUAUAGGWCAAGAAGAAGGUUUURUUUGGGUGAAAUAAGUGUGAUGCGUCGUAAGAGGAACAAUGCGAAAAGAUGUGUUGUGUGAGUGAAGUCCGUUCGCGACUUGGYAUUAGCUUUGUCGAAUGAGCGGAUAACGCAAGACAUCAUUGUCUCCACCGGACUGUAAGAUAGYACUCACGUGAAAUCGAAAUCCACCCCCUCGUACGAGAUCUUGGUGUAAACCGUGUAUUCAUAGGGRGAUASGCCCAUUGGGGUGCAGGUCGGAAGAGGAGCUUGCAGCCCGCGUCGAAGGAAAGAGCCMUCGCUGACAAGGGAGCCUUGGUCAUAUUCGGCGUGGACGACGCCGGAUAAGAAGGACGAGAAGAAUGCGGUGAAGAAGAAAGAAGAAGAUUUCAUGGUGACCUUACGAUUUGUGGUAGGUUGAGAUGUUGUUAAGAAUAUAAUAUUAUGUUUGAA